AUGGCGGUGAGUACAGUGCCGCCUGAUUUCUCAUUACAUCCAGGCCUUAGUCGAACUUUGAAAGAACGGGAGAAACUUGUUAGUCAGAGGGAAGCCAAUUGGGCGCUAGGUGAGAUGUUCGCUUAUGGCUCUUUGCUGAAAGAGGGUAGACAUGUGCGUCUUUCGGGCCAAGACGUGGAACGCGGCACCUUCUCACACCGACACAGUGAAAUAGAUAAGAAAGUUUUUAUUCCGCUCAAUAACCUGUAUCCUGGUCAAGCUCCAUUCUCCAUCUGCAACUCUUCACUCUCCGAAUUUGGCGUUCUGGGUUUCGAGCUUGGAUAUUCUCUGACAAACCCAGAUGCACUGGUCCUUUGGGAAGCCCAAUUCGGAGAUUUUAUGAACACAGCUCAGUGCAUAAUCGAUCAGUUCCUGUGCAGCGGCCAGCAGAAAUGGGUCCGCCAGUCUGGUCUUGUUCUUCUGCUGCCUCACGGCUUCGAAGGAAUGGGUCCAGAACACUCGAGCGCUCGGCCUGAGCGAUUCCUGAUGAAUAGCAACGAUGAUGAAAGUCACGUUCCGGUAAGCUUUAAGCUCUUAAACCCGAUUCAUUAUCCGAUGCAGCUUACUUUUGGGAAGCAAAGCUAUGCCUCUAUUAGUUCCUAA